AGGGCGCGGCGGGGGGCGGGGCUCCGCCACUCCCGGGGAGUAAGCGGCGGCCAUGGCGGCGGCGGAGGAGGAGGUCCCGCUCACCGGCGUCGGUUGGGCCGCUUCCCCCGAGGCGGCCCCCGCCGGCUGGAAGGCGAUCACCGUUACCGUGGACGGCGCGGCGGCCAACCUGGGCAAAGGCUUCGGGCACAAGAGCGGCGGGUUCCUGUGCGUGAGCACCGGCGGAGCCCAGGCGGCUCCCGCUUCGGUGGUGACCGACGUUGUGGUGCUGAGCGACCGGAGCCCGCAACCCCCCGGUUACAGCCGCGCCCCGGAGUUCCCGGAGCCUCGAACCGGCGUUUCCCGGAAAAAACGCCUUUACGUGAAGCUGGUGCCGGUGGAGGCGGCGGAGACGGCGGUGCUGGACAUUCAGCUCAGCCCCAAGAGCAAAGCCCUCCCCCCCUACAUCAAAAUCGGGGAAAUGGGCAAUUUCGCCCUUUGGUGUAAAAAAGGGCCGGUUUCCAAGCGGGGCCCCCCCGUGCCCCCUCCCCGAAACCUCAGCGCCGCCCUGGGUCACCUCUCCCUCCACCCCCAGGACCGAAAGGGCAGCCUCCGCCGCGGCGCCGCUCAGCACGAAGCUCUCUCCGACUCCUCCAACAUCUACGGCCUCUCGGCGAUGGACGGGGUCCCCUUCACGCUGCACCCCAAAUUCCAGAGCAAACUCGGCGCCGGCAGCACCGCUCUCCUGGCCGAGCUGAACGUUAAAUCAGUCGCCGACAUCGAGAAGGAGUAUAAUUAUCCUUUCGUGGUGGAGAGAACGGCCGCUGCCAGGCUCCCCCCUGGUGUUUGUUAACACCGGGGGGGGCACCUCCAAGGACCCCCCCCAAUGUCUUGGGGGGGCCUCACUCCUCGCUCUCUCCCAGCUGAAAUUUCAGGGGACACCAAAGAAUCACAAAUCCAGCCCAGAAAUCGCUCGGGGAGAAAAAUAAGGGUGGUUUUGAUUUUUUUUCCUUUUCUUUUCUCUUCUCAACCCCCCCAAAAAUAUUAAAAUCUUAAUUGUAAUGAGUUGGGAAAUCAAAAUUCCAGGCAGCAGCACAACGGGGAGAAGUUCUUGGCAGUGGUUGGGCUCCGGCGACGUUAAAAUUCGUUAUUCUGGCCAUUCCUGAGGGUAUUUUUGGGGUUUUUUGCAUUUUUUUCAUGGUGGAAAAACCUCCUCCUCCCUCGGCCUCGCGUUCGCCGUUUCGCUCUGUCUCCUUGUUGCCCCAAAAAACUUCCAACCCCACAAAAAAAGAAGUUAAAAACCAAAAAAAAAAAUACCCCAACCCCACUUUUCAAAAUACAGCAGAUUUGGAUUUUUUUGAUUUUGUUUUUAGUUACCAAAUAAAUUCUCUAAAACGUUUUCCUUAAA